AUGCUUCGCGAUGAGGAGAUCGACGCGGCAGCCAGCCAGCUGGCGGUGUACCGCAAGAGCGCCGAGCUGGACAGCAUCCUGGGCAAAUACGCAAACCUGAUCGAAGACUACCGGCGACUCAAGAGCGACUUUGAAGAGGAGCGCGACGCUCGGGAAAAAUACAAGCAGCUAGCGCGCAGCCGCGAGCAGAGUCCGUUUGUGCUCGUGCUCGUCGACGGUGACGGCUACGUCUUCCACGAAAACUUUCUCAAUAAGGGUGGUGAAGGUGGCAACAAUGCGGCCCAUGCACUCAACAGCGCCAUCGCCAACAGCCUCAAGGCCAAGGGCAUGGCCGGCUGCCAGAUUAUGGUGCGCAUCUACGCCAACGUCAUGGGCCUGUCCAAGGCGCUGGCACGCAACAACCUGGCCGGCAACGAGGCGCGGUCGCUGGCGCCGUUUUUGGCCAACUUUAACCGGUCUUACGGCCUGACCGACUUUGUUGACGCUGGCAGCCUGAAGGAGAAUGCCGACUUCAAGCUCCGCGCCGCGCUCAGCUUCUAUGCCGACAGCCCCCAGUGCAAGCACAUUUACUUUGCUGCCUGCCACGACGUCGGCUACAUCUCGGAGCUGACGCCUCACCUGGGCAACAGCGACAGGUUUACGCUCGUCCGCACGCCCAGCGUCAAGUUCCACCCCGAGUUCACCAAGCUCGGCAUGGGUAUCGAGAACAUCCAGGGGGUCUUCCGCACCACCCCCCUUACCACAGAUACGACUAUUACAACAACGGCGUCCCAUCGGGUCAGCACUACCUUUGCGGCCAUUACCGCCUCGGCCAACUCAGGCUCUGCGGCCAGCGACAGCUCCUGGAGGGCACCUUCCACCAGCUCCUACCAGCCGACAGACACGGCCUUGCUCAAAGUCAGCAAGGAUGAACCAUCAUCACAACGGACUGCCGUGUGCCAGUUCAACAAGCUGGGCAAAUGCCGCUUCGGCAAGGCUUGCAAGCUCGCACACGUAAACGGCAGCGGUCACAACGGCUCCAACGGCAUCAACGGCACCAAUGGCAUCAACGGCACCAAUGGCAUCAACGGCAGCAGCAGUAGUAGCAGCCGCGUCCGGUCCUGGUCGCCCAUCCGGACCGAAUCCUUCCACCCGACGUGGAGGGGCCACCCGCUUGAGCCGGUUGACAUCCCGCGCGACCAGGUCGCCGUCAACAAGUCUGGCCAUCGCCUCGACAGCUACCUGUCGGCGACCAGCGAGGCCAUUACGAAGUUGCGGGCCCGCGCCCGCAACCGCGGUCUCUGCAACCGCUUUCACCUUACCGGCGUCUGCGAGGCCGGCAACAAGUGCGACUUUGAUCACACACCGCUGCCCCGAGACCUGCUCGCCCCGCUCGAGUCCCUCGCCCGCUCCAUGCCGUGCUCUCGCCGUGGAGCCUGCCGCGAAGUCGAAUGCACAAAGGGCCACAUCUGCCAGACGGCCGACUGCCGCUACCGCGGCGGCAAGGUGCCCUGCAAGAUAUCCCACAGCGCCCAUUCCGAGGACCUCGAGGUCGACCGCUUCGUCGACGGCCGUCGUGACGGCGGCGACAACAACAACAGCAGCAGCCAUACCAACGGCAGCAGCAAAGAUGGGUCUGCCGAACACAACGGCUACGAGAGCGACGGCUCAGAAGGCGCCAGUGUCUUGUUUUAA